UCUUCGGCUUUCUGUUAGCAACGACCACUUGACGGCACAACCUUCCACAUGGCCUCCACCAGGCAGCAGCUGUAGAUUGUGUUUGAGGUUUUUCUCGGAUUUUACAACAAGUGGGACUAAAAUAACAUUACAUGCGCAGGUCGUGCUGUAAUAAGGACUGAAAUGGGUAAAAGCAAAACCACUAAGUUUAAACGGCCGCAGUUCAACGCAGUCGGGCUGCCGGUCAACAUGGUGCAGGAGGCAGGGGACGAGGAAGAGGACCCCCGGGAGGAAGACUGUCCAGCUGCGGAGCUCCUGGAGAAACUGCAGAGUCCCAGUGCAGAUGUGAGGGAGUUUGCGUGUGCCAGCAUCUCCCGGGUGGUGCAGCAGAGUCAGACCAUCCCGGGCUUCCUUCAGCGGGAUGCGGUGCGGCGCCUCGGGCCGAUGCUGCUGGACAGCAGCCUGGCUGUGAGGGAGACGGCAGCCGGAGCGCUGAGGAAUCUGAGUGCAUGCGGCGGUCAGGAGGUGUGUGAGGACAUGGUGAAGCACGACAUCAUGACUCCUCUGACAGCGCUGCUCCGAGAGAGCUGUGCAGGUUUUGAGAGCGCUGCUGUGCUGAAAGAGAAGAAGAAUGCAGCGGAGGACGUAGCCAACGAGGCCGUGAACCUUUUGUGGAAUCUGUGUGAGAGCAGCAGUCAGUCUCUGUCUGUCUUCAACAAAGCGGGUCUCCUGGAUGUGGUGGUGCAGUGUCUGGAGAGACACCAACACAACAUGGAGCUGGCCAUAUCUGCCGCCCACUGUCUGCACACUGUGACAGAGGAUAACCCCGAGCUGCUGCGGAGCACCAACAGCGCCGUGCUGAGAGCCGUGGAGAGCGUGAUACUGACUGCUCAGACAGACAUGGCUCACACACUCCUCAGGACCCUGGCUGCAGGGACUCUGUGGAACUUGAAGAGCAGUUUGCCCGCCGCCCGUCAGGCUCAGACCCUGAACGCCGUGGUCUCCACCCUUUCCCAGAGCCUGGACCUGGACGCAGGAACGCUGAUACCUGAAAUGUUACGAACAGAGGAUCUCCAUCAGAGAAACACAGACGCUGCAGCAGAGACCGAGCAGCAGGCUGCCGGAGGACAGAUGGACGAGAUGAUCGAGGAGGAGGAGGAGGAACCGAAACACAUGAGGAACGGAAAAGCUGCGAUGGAAAAUACCGACUUCUCCGACCUUUUACCUAGGCACCAGGAGGAGCUGAGGGAGGCGACGGCGCUGCUGACGGCCCAGCAGACGUCUCUAGAGAUCAUCGUCAACAUGUGCUGCUCUGACGAGCCUUCAGACGACGAGUGGGAGGAUGAGUCGAGCAGCGACGAGAGCGACAUGGGUCCGGACAGUCUCUGUGACGGAGUCUCCAAUCUCAUGUCUCCACUGUGUUUAUCUGCGGAGAUUCACAGCGCGUUAAUCAACCACAGCAUCCCAGAGAAGGUCCUCAAAAAGACAGAGAUCCCCAGAAAGGAAGCUGUGGAUGUGUGCCGUCAGAACUCCUCCUGGAGAGGCAUGAUCAAGAAGAUGCAGCGCGUUCAGUCCCGGGCGCUUACCUGCCUCCACAGCCUCCUCUCCAGCAUGGACGCAGACUCUCUGGGAGGAGCAGCGGCCCUGCAGGCAGCAGCGCAGCACCUCUCCACGCUGGUGUUUGGUGCAGCAGAGAUCCCCAAAGAUGAGGAGUUUCUGGAGGCCGUCAUCAGCGCCAUGCGGUCUCUUCUGCAGAUGAUCGCCUCUAAAAAUAUCCCUCAGUGUAUGACCCCCCAGCAGCUGAUGAGCCUGAGUGAAGCGGCAACCCGCUGCGAUGUAGUCAGCGUGAGGGUCAACGCCGUCGCUAUUCUGGGCAUCACCGGCAGCACAUUAGCCAAAGAGAAGGGCUCUGCUGGAACCCUUCAGAUGAUUGGAAACGCUUUACUCCAAGUCUCCACGAAGGACGCCGACCUGGUUGUGAACGGAGAAGCUCUGGACGCCUUGUUUGAUGUUUUCGCUGACGGAGACGAGGCAGAGACGGCUGCCAAAAACAUCCAGUUACUCCCUGCACUGAAGACACUGCAACCCAUGUUUAAAGCCAAGAUUCGUAAAGAGGGGAGAGGAAAGUACAGCCCGCAGCAGCUGUGUGUGCUGGACAACAUCAAAGUGAACCUGAGGAGAUUUAUCGGUUACCUGGAGAAGGUGGUGAAAAAAUAACGAGCGCCGGACCUGACGACGGCGUGCACAGAUAUGCUAACGUAGCAUCAAACGGAUCCGAGUGUGGUUGUGAAACCAUCAAUAUUUAUUACGUUGGUAGUGAACCGCCUGGUUUCAGUGUUAAUAUUCUCUAAAUAAUAAGGAUUUACUAUUUUACUUGUAUUUGUUGUGAAGGAAGACGGGAUUAUUUUAGUUUGAGUUACUGCAAGCUGCAGUAAAGAAAGGUUUUUAUUUUUCUCCCUUGGUUUAAAUGUGACAAUCAAGACAACGUUUAUCAGGCUUGUAUUUGUUCACGUUUACUUCCCAUAGCGACCCCAGGUUUUGAUUUGUGUCCCCUUAAUUCUGUUCCUUUGAUGUUUGCAGAGCUAUGCAACAUAAGAUGUGUCAUUAUGGGAUAAAUGCCACCUAAUAAAAAAAGAAUAUUUAGUUUUAUUGUUUUCGUAAAAACAUAAUUAUGUUUAGAAAGAAAUUGGCUUGCAUUAAAAGAGAGAAAUGAAAUUAGGCUGUCAUUUUGAUACCUAACGAAGCUGAAUGCGUUUGGUAUUCUCAUUGCCAAGGUGAUAACAAAAACACAGCUUCGGAGGAAUACAUUUUCUCCCCAUCCAGGCACCCUUAGUUUGAGAGUGGUGAAUCACUGACUGUAUUUUUCCCUCCACAAAAACCCAUUUUCUACUGACAGCAUUUUUGUCAGCAACAAAGUAAAUAUCAAUCAUGAAUGAAAUUAAUUGUCAUACCAAAUUGCUGCUUCCACUCAGAAUACGGUUCUAUAACUGCAGGUCUGAAAUAUGUAAAUAGAGGGUAGUGUCAUCUCUUUUGCACCUGAUCCAUUGUUUAUCAUGCUUUGAGUUUCUGACAAAGUUUACUUAUUAGCUCUUAUCAAUUAAUGCGUUAAAUGGUCUAAAUUGAAAGGUGACUUGCUACCUUAAAUGCCAUUUACCUAAAUACCUGUGAUAGCUCUUACGUUGUGAGAGUCCGGCACAGCUUCUGUGGGUUCCCACAGGUUUUCAGGGAAAUGUUGAUAAAAAUGCCUAUCAUUAAUAUAAAAAAAAAGCCAAUUUCAAAGAAAGUGUAAGGAAGCUUAUGUCUUUAGGAUGGGAUUUAAUGCAUUUUUGAAAUAAAUCCUGAUUUAUUAAG